AUGUGCACCACAAACACGGCUCAAGAGGUCUGCUGCGUUCCCGUUUCCUUCUACGCCAACAACAGAAACCGAGCCGUCGGCUGGUGUCUCCUUGUGCGCGCCACGAUCCUCUUCCAUCUCUGGAAGCUCCGAGUCCUGCCAGACGACGUCAACGACCAAAUGUUCGACAGCCACGUGCUCCCCUACCUCCGUCCUCUCUGCCACAUGGGCCCCUUCUCCGAUCCCUCCUCCGAUCUGUUUGAUACUGUCAUUCUCCCCCAGUUCCGCAACAAGGUCCGCCAUACUGCCCGGAAAUGGGUUGUUGACAACCGCGUCGUUCUGCCUCAUCUCCUCCCUGGAAGCCCCUCCUCCUUCCAGCGUUACCAAUGGAAUCCUGAAAUCACUGCCAUCUGGUUUGGCAGUGUCGACACGGUCCAAGAUUGGCUCCGCAUCUUGGGCAAACGGAACACGGCCAAUGUCGACGCCCGAUUUCCGCCACCUCUCCCUACCCUACUGCCCUCGACCCCUGGCCCCCUCACGCCGACAGGCCGUCGCCUGGCCGAAUCCGUUGCCAUUGCUCAGGGUCUCAUCACUCCUCCCCAGACCGGGCCUCGCAGCUCGGUCGCUCCGACCAGGCUCGACCCUCCUUCGACACCCAGCACGCCCAUACAUCCACUCCCUCUUCGACACGACAAGGACGAAAGCGCGUCUCUGCUGUGGACAAGAAGAACCAGAGACGCCAACCCGCACAGCGUGUCGGGCAGCGGACCUGGAAGUCUGACUCGCCACGGCAGCCGCGGGUCGCCGCCCAUGGCGUCUCCAAGCGCCCACUUGGCCGGCGCUCCGCCGUUUCUCCAGCAGCACCAGGCAAGGAUGCGGCCCAAGACCGACAGGGACCGCAAAAGGACGGCAGAAGCCACCCAGGCAGGGCCAAGGCAAUCGACGCAAUGCUCGCCGAGCGCCUCGCCAGCUUCAGGAUUGGGUAUUAGAAGCGCCAUGUCCCAUCGGACGUGCAGCAACAGCACUGUAGUAGAGCAAUUGGGCAGUGGCAGUUCAAGCGUCAUGUCAAGCAUUACCUACAACAGCACCUUCGUCCCUAUGGAUCAUUAUGAUGGCGGCGGCGGUGGCUGCGUCACCACGACCUAUCAAACGGCAGCGUCGGCGACUACGGCGUCUGCGUCCAACAACAACAUCACCACCCAAGCGGCUCAGGCCGAAGAUGGCGACACAGGGCUUGCAGGGUACAGCGACAUCCAGCUCGCUCUCGAGUGGCAGCUCCAGGCGAGACGUCACGUGCUCGAGGCUGAUUUUCUGUUCAAGCGUUUGAUGCUCAAGAACCCUUAG